AUGCACGUACUUGGAUGGGACAAAAGAACGGCACUGUCCCAUCAUCGCCCCAAGCUUGCCUCACAUUGUGAUGUAUCCGUAAUCAUCCUGUCUUUGCGAGCAGACCGCCUCAAGACGGACUGCUCUGGCGCUCUUGAGACAAACUUGACUGUAUUCGCCACUUUACUUCACCAGAUAGGAGUUCAUCAAAAUAACAAAGAACUCCCAUGGUUCUCGGUGACGCUGGCUGCCGUGGUCUUGUCCUACUUCACACUGGCAACGCGUUUCACCAAGACCGGGAACGCUGCUUUUGUGGCACCAUUCGUGGGAUCAAAGCAUGCUUGGCUUGCACGAUGGGGCUUCUUCCAAUCCGCAGAAGCGGUUAUUCAAGAAGGUCAUGCCGAUACAGAGACAGGCCAUGGAAACUCACCGAAAAUGAUGUGA